AUGAAGGCCGUCUUCGUGACUUACCUCUUUUGCGGUCUGGUUGUUAAGGCUUCCGCUGCAAGCCUCACCAAAUCUUUCCAUACUCUCCCAUCGUCCUCUCUUUCAUCUGUCUUUCCUUCUGCCUCUAGUGGUGUCUCAUCAGCAUGUUCUGGAAAUACGGCAACCACACGCGAUCAAUGGUGCGACUACGAUAUCAACACUGACUACACAACCACUGUCCCUCAAACGAAUGUCACGCGCGAGUACUACUUCAACCUGGAGCAGGUGACAGUUGCUCCAGAUGGUCGUUCAAGGUCUGCCAUUGCUAUCAACGGAUCCAUCCCUGGUCCAACCAUCGAGGCGAAUUGGGGAGACGAGGUUGUGGUCCACCUCACCAAUAGCCUUCCCGACUCCCUGCAAAACGGAACAAGUAUACACUUCCAUGGAAUCCGCCAAUUUUGGACAAACCAGAACGACGGGGUAGUUUCCAUCACUCAGUGCCCGACUGCACCCAACAACACCAUCACCUACAAGUGGCGUGCGAUGCAGUAUGGCACAACCUGGUACCAUUCCCACAUUGGUUUGCAAGCCUGGGAAGGUCUGUUUGGUGGUAUCAUCAUUCAUGGACCUGCUAGUGCAGACUACGACGAGGAUAAAGGUGUGAUUAUUAUGAAUGACUGGGACCUCAACACAGUCGACCAGUUAUUCAUGUCGGCCCAGAUGGACGGCCCUCCAACGCUUGAUUCUGCUUUGAUCAACGGUACUAAUGUCUUCGGGUACGAUGGCAAUGUCAAUCAAACUGGUACCCGUUUCAAUACUUCCUUCACGGCAGGAACCUCGUACAGACUUCGGUUAAUCAACGCGGCCUGCGAUACUCACUUCAAAUUUUCGAUUGACAACCAUACGAUGACUGUCAUUGCGAAUGACCUUGUUCCCAUUGAGCCUUACAAGACGAACAUGCUUAAUAUUGCUAUGGGUCAACGAUACGACGUCAUUGUCAAAGCAGAUCAGGUCUCGGUGGCGAAGAACUUCUGGCUCCGAACCAUUCCUCAAAAUGCAUGCUCGGAGAAUGCGAAUCCCAAGAACAUCAAAGGCAUUGUGUACUACGGUGACUCUCCCUCGACUCCUUCGACGACAGGCUACACCUACACAGACAGUUGCGACGAUGAGACGAUGUCCGAUCUAGUCCCAAUAGUCAGCGAAACUGUUUCCAAUGCCUUCUACAACAAAUCCGAGCCCGUCUCGCUGGGCAAGAACGGGGGUAGUCUCUACCGGUGGAAGCUCAAUUCAACCUCAAUGCACGUGGAUUGGGAAGAUCCAACUCUUCUGGAAGUCUACCGUGGCCACCAUAGUUGGGCGAAUGUCAGUGGCGUUGUUGAGCUUCCCCACAAAAAUAAAUGGACCUACAUUGUCAUUGAGACAACAAUGUCUGUGCCACACCCGAUCCAUUUGCACGGUCAUGAUUUCAUCAUCAUCGCCCAGGGGUCAGGGACAUAUUCAGGGGAUGGCACCACACUGACCAAUCCUCCCAAGCGAGACACAGCCAUGCUGCCAGAGAAUGGACACCUGGUCAUUGCCUUCAAGACGGACAAUCCCGGCGCAUGGUUGAUGCAUUGUCACAUUGGGUGGCACACGGAAGAAGGAUUCGCCAUCCAAUUUGUGGAGCGGUACAGUGAAAUCAAGCCACUUAUUAACUAUGACGAUCUCCACAGCAACUGCAAAACCUGGAGUGCAUUUGAGAAUGAUUUGAGUGUGGAGGAGGACGACUCGGGAAUUUAA